AUGGAUCUACUUGACUUCGCUGACAACUACCGACAAACCAACCCAAAGGCUAACAAGGUUGAGAUCAGAGAAGCAUAUCAGAAAUACCUUAGAGAACAACAAGACACUUUCAUGACACAAGAAACAGAACCAAAGACGUUAACGCAAAUUGCAUCACCACAAUACUUCUUUCGUUAUGGGCGGCCUCUUUGGGGUGGAUUGCUCAAAACUACAGAUGCUUACACAAAUAAGCAAGUGCUAAGUCCUGAAAAGAUACUAGAAAUAUGCCCUGGCCUUACAUCGCUUAGGCGAUACAUUCUUGUUUGCCAUAGGAGUUGA